AUGAAAUCUUUGGUGCUGAUUGUGCUGGUUGUUCUGAUUGGGGUAUCGAAUGGUUGUAUGCCUGCGGACUACGAGCAAGCCUCCUCCCUUGGAUCAUCAUUCGCUAAAAUGCAACUCGUAGCCCUGAAUCCCUAUGCGGCAAUGUGCAAUAAGAUGUUGGCCGAGGUGAUGGGAAAUAUGAGACAGCCCAAGUGUGAA